ACCCUUUACUCUGCAGCAGCAACACACCCUCUGGAAAGGAGCUGUAGUCAUGUUGAGACAGAAGAAGCAUGGCAGCAGAGAGGGAUUAUCUCAAGACUUUAGCCAGCAGUUGAAAGAAAUCAAAUCUGAUCUGACAAAAGAUGGAGUCAAAUGGGACAGCUCUUCACCUGAAACCAAUCUCAUUAACUUGUGGAAGAAAUACAAGAGGACUCACUCCAGACUGGAGGAGUCGUUUGAAGAGGUGAAGACGAUCAAGACACAGCAAAGGAAGCAGAAUGAAGAGAUGCAGCAAUACCUGACCAACAUCAAGCAACUCCAAAAAGGAAAGAACGACCACGUCCAGCAGAUGAUGGGAGAGAUAAGAGACCUGAGAGAUAAAGUGCAGCAGUCAGAGAAAGAGCGGGAAGCUUACUUUAAACAGCAUCAGGCAAUCACUGACCUCCUGGUCACAGAAGAAUCCAAUGAAUUUGACACAUUUAAAAAAGUACAGGAGCUAGUGAAAGAGUGCAGUAGCCUUCGAGAGACACUUUCAGCAACUAAAGAGAACCUAGGCAGAACUGAAGAGGAGAAGAAGUAUUUGGAGGAAGAGACUGGGAGGUCUUUGGAAGCACUUGAAGAGGAUUUAACAAGAAAAAGGGAGGAGGUGGUGUCAGUGCUUAAAGAGGAGAAGGAGACGUUGAUUAAAGAUAACACUGAGCUAGUACUGGAGAGAAAUGAGCUCAGUAAGGAGGUGGAAGAAUUAAAGGAGAGAGAAAGAGAGAGAGAAUCCAUUAUGGAGUCAAUCUCAAAGCAGCAGGCAAGACUACAAGAAGAACUCAAGCAAUUAAUGGAGAGUUUUGAAGAGAAGAAAAUGAAUCUUGAAGAAGCAUUAACAGCAAAAAGAUUAACACAAGAAGCUCUCAAAAUAUCAGAAGAAACUGUUGAAAAAAACAAAGAAAUUAUCAGGAAACUUUUGGAAGAAGUUGAAUCAAAGGAAGUUGAAAUAAAAUCUUUCAAAGAAAUGAAGACGUCACUUCUGAAAGAGAUCGAUGUACUUACUUUAAAGAAACAAGAAAAGGAGACCAAAGAGAAAGAGUUACAGGAAAAAUAUGAAAGAACAGCAGCUCAGCUUGACAAAGUUGAAACAGCAAUGAAUGAAUCUCAGGCAAGCAAUGAAACUCUAAAGGCAGAACUGUGCAGUCUUGAAUUGAAACUAUCAACCAUGAGGGAAGAGAUGGAGAGUACAAAGACUCAAGGAGUGAUGCUGACAACAAAGAUGGAAAGAGAAUCUGAAGAGAAGAUACAAAAAAUGGUUGAUAAUUUAGAAGCAGCAGAAAGAGAGAAAAGAAGAUUGAUAGGAGAGAAAGAACAGCUACUGAUCGAAAAUGACGACAUGAAGAGAGAGAGAGUUCAAAGUGAUAACAAAAUAAAUGAACUUGAGGCAAAAUUGGAGGGAAAAGAGGAAGAAAUACAGGAGCAACUGGAAACAAUGGAGACAGAGAGAGCAGCGAUCAAGAAGAAAAUGACCUCAUGCAAGAACUUACUUGAUGGAAUAGCAGAAAAGGGAAGAGACAUGAUGAGUCUUGUCAGUAAAAGAGAUGAGGAAUUGUGCAGUAAAGCACAGGGUAUUGAGACACAACUUCAGGAAUUAACAGAAAAGAUUCAAAGGUAUGGAUUUAGAGUAAGAGAGAGAAAGGAAGAGGACAAGAAAUUCAAGGAAGCUCAGGAAGAAGUUGAAAUAAGAAUAACUGAAACAAAUGAAGAGAAAGAGAGACUGAGAGAGGGACUGGAGAAUAUAAAAGAAAAGAAUAAAUUACUUGAAGAGAAUGAAGCAGAACUCAAAGAGAAAAUCAGCACACUAGAAGAAGAGAAAGUUGCUGUUAAAAGUUCUGCUGACAAAGCAAUUAAUGAGAUGCAUCAAGAAAUAACAUCACUCAAAAUACAGCUGCAGGAAAAGAGUAAAGAGGCAGAGUGCUUAACAGAAGAACUGAGUUCAGCCUCAAAAGCAGCUGCACAAUCACAGACGAGUCUACUAACCCUAACCUCACAACUGCAAGGACUGCAAAGUGAACUAACUGACAGUCAAACUGGUCAUGAUAAUUUGUCAAGAAGGAAUAGCAGCCUUGGAGCUGAACUGACAGCAAAACAAGAAAUGAUAAAGACACUACAAAGAAAAUCAAGAGAAGAGAAAGCCAACUUAGAAUCACGAGUACAUUCACUAACUCAAGGGAAACAUAUGAUGGAGGAAAAACUGAAAGAAUUGCAGAAACAAAAACAAGCCAUCAAACAAGAAGCAAAUGAGCAACUCCUUCAGUUACAAGAUGAACUGGAAAGAGAAAUUGAAGACAAAAAGACAGUGAUGGAGACAUUGGACAGUACAAGAUCAGCUCUAGCAACUUUAAAGGAAAGUUAUGAUGAAUAUAAGAAGAGAAGAAAUGAAAUGGAAAAAGAAAAUGAAGACCAUAAAAGAGAAAUGGUCACGCUAUCUGAACAACUUAAGAAACUUGAGGGAGUGAAGAAUGCAAACCAAAAACUACUAGGGAAAAUGAGAGAGAAUGAUGAAGAAUUGAACCAACUUAAAGAUACUUACAAAGCAAAGGAAAAGGAGUGUGAUGAUGUCACUAAAGUCCUCAGAGAGUUAGAAAUGAAAUUAAAAAAAGACAAAGAAACAACUCAAAAUGACAGCCUGAAGCUACAAGAAAGAUUGCAACAAUUGGAAGAAGAGCUGGUUUUGACAAGAAAAGAAUUAAAAAUAUCUCAAGAAGAAAGAAGAAUAUUAGAAAAUGAGAAUGAAGAAAAAAAAUCAUCAUUGAUUGAAGUAAAGAAUGAAUUGGAAUCACUGCACACAACAUAUGGACAUUAUGGAAGCAAAGUAAAAGAGUUAGAAACAAAAGCUCAAAUGCAACUAGAAAUGAUAGAAAGUUUAGAGAGAGAGAAAACUCAACUACAAGAAGAAGCUCAAGAAAUUACAACACUUCAAACAAAAACUGAGAAACUUGAAGAACAAUUGACAGAAAAGGAUAGAAUCAUAAAGCAUUUAACUGGUGUUGUGUCUAGCUUGAGGAAAGAACAGCUAGAAACAACUGAAGAGUUAAGUAAGAAUGAAGAAGCAAUGAAGAAACUACACACAAAAGCAGAAAACAAGAUUAGAAAGCUCCAAGAAGAGAUUGGAGAAAGGAGAAAAGAAAAUAGAGACCUGAUGACUAGAAACAAAGAAUUAGAGACAGAACUAGCAGGAACAAGAGAGAAAUGUGAUAGUUUAACUGAAGAAUUGAUUGAAAGCCAACAAUCACUAAUGAUGAAGAAUGAGCACACAAAAGAAAAACUGAAGGAAAGCAAUCAAAGAGCAAAAGCAACCCUGAGCUCAAGGAUAGACAGCGUGUCUCAUGAACUUGUAUCAACACAAAAGAGACUAGAACUGGAGGAACAAUGGAGACUGCAGGCAUCAGGACUACACCAAUCACUGGUAAAGGAAAAGAGUGAAUUACAAGGAAAGAUCAGUGAACUUGAAGAGAAGAUGAGAGAGAAGAACAUCAAAAUAAUUGAACUGGAAGCAUUGAAGGACAGACUAGAAAAAGAAAACAAAAUGAUAGAAGAGAAAUUGAACUCAUCACUUCCAAACUUUAACAACACAACCCCCAAGAGACCAAGUACAGCAAUGGGACGCUAUAGAGGAUUUAAUAACGACUCAUUACUGGAUGUAGUGGAAGAGACCGGGAGAGGAGGAGAGGGUUUUAAAAUGAACAAAACGCAUUAACUAAAAAGAAUAAAGAGAAGUGAGGAAAACAGGUUCCAACAUAAAUAAAAUAAUAAUAAUAACAGGUGAAG